UUUGUGACAAGGAGCUGCUCAGGAGCAGGAACCCAGCGGCAGCUUGAAGAACAUGAGCAGGGGAGGAGACUGUGUGUGAAGGGACGGGGCAGCUGAGAAGAGGUGGAUGGUGCGCAGAGUCUCGGGCUGAGGGGGGCAGACCUGCAGCUCCGGGCACCCAGACAAAGGGGGCAGGAAGGAGCAGUGAAGGGAGAGAGGCUGAAGCCAGUGCAGCCCAGCAGGCAAGGCAGAGGCCGGCUCUGUGUCCGAGGCUCGGAGCUCAGCAACCUGAGCAGAAGAGAAGGCAGGGACCAGGCACACCAUGAUCGGCACCAGGUCCAGGGGUUCGGAGCUCCCAGAGCCGGAGCCAAACCACGAGAAACUCGCUCUGAAAGCCUUCAAGAAAGUUGGAUUGCAUGAUGAUGAAGAUGUAAAAUUCAUGUUGAAAGGCAGCAAGUUAAAAAAAGUCAAAUCGGGUACAUGGAAGAAAAACCGAUGGUUGAAACUGCAGGAGGAUGGGCUUUCCAUCUGGUGUGAGUCCAGGAAUAAGGCACCCACCUUCUCGGUGAUGGAUAUACGGGAUGUCCAAGAGGGACAUCAGUCAGAGGUGAUGAAGAAACAUGGUAACAGUUUCUCUGAGAAACAAUGCUUCACCAUCGUGUUUGUGGGCAGUCGGACCACCCUGGACUUGGUGGCAGCAUCGGAGGAAGAAGGGAGGCGAUGGGUUCAAGGGCUGAAAAAAUUGAUCAGAAGAGUCGAAAGCAUGAGCCAGCGAGAAAAAAUUGAACAAUAUCCUUUUAUAAAAGUAUUCUGACAAAACAAAAUGGGGAAGGUCUAGGCCAAGCGGUAGAUUGGGUUCCAACACUGUCAUUAUAGAUCGAGAAGCUGAUGUCACUGUAAAUGUUUCUGGCUGUUGAUGGCACUUAGCAGUCAUUGUAAAUCCAAAACAGCCUCCAACUUGGCAAAAUUGGCCAAGGGAAAAACCAAGAACAAAAGACAUUUGAGAAAUAGAGGACCACACUGCAGAAAUGACAGACAGAGCCUGAUUCUGGGAUUCCAGCUCCCAUUCCUCCAUCGGUAAUUUCCAUUGACACAGGAUAAAUGUGUGGAUAGUGAGCCCGCACCCUGCACUCCUGACCUGGCCUGUUCCAUGUAGGGGUAGACACCUCAUAUUCUCCCCCCACCAACCAACCUGCAAUUUUUGUGAAGUCGAGCCAGCUUCUCAAGGACACAUGGUUUGCAGCCCCUUAAAGGAGUUGUGAACCAUAGUAGGGAUUCAGGUACAUUUUAAAAGGCCUUACCAUGGCCCCAUGUGAACUGUGUCAACAGAAACAGAUAACCAAAUAUCUCUUUCUCUAAUUGACCUUGUUAUGAAUGCUUGGCUGAGCUCCAAGUAUCACUAAUGCACUAACUCAGCAGGGGGUCUGUUUACACACACUGAAGUGGAGGGUUUGCUUUGAUUGAUUGGCAUCUUUAUGCUGUUAUAAUAACAUGCAAGUUAUUCUAUCUUUGAACUUUUUGUUUCAAUGUCCACAUGUUUAUUUGGACAAGAUGAAGAGGUGUGAAGUAAGUUAAAGCUUCUGUUAUUGAUACUAUAAUGGCUCUGCCAAACAGACACUUUUAUGGGGUUGUAAGAGCAGCAGUUUUUUUCAAAGAUUUUUGAAUGGGUGUUAUGUUUAAGUGCAUUUCAAGACUUACCAUUAUUAUAUAGCUCAGUGGUUCUAUAGCGCAUACAGGUGAGUGGGCAUGGAGGAUUCAUGGGGGACAAUGAAGGGACAUGUAGGUGGCAGGGGGGGCAUGAAGAUUGGAUGAAAAGUGAGGGAGUGUGAGGAGCAAGGACUAGACAAUCUAAUUGUCUUUAAUGGAACAGGGACGAUGUUCCAGAAAUCCUAGAUGGCACCUGAACUACUUCUGGGGUCUGUGGGAUGGACUUGGUCCCACCCUGCCUCCCCGGAGUGAAAAUCAUGCGUGCGGGGGCCAUUUGUAGGGAGACGGGUCUGCCGAGUCAGGAAGUUUCCCAACUUGAGCUUCCUGCCUUGAUGGUGAAAAUCCAGCCCCAAAUAUUCCUAUUGCUACUGCAGAGGGUGUUUAGUAUGGCCCAGGGUUAUCUCUGUCUAAUUUCACCUCUCCCUUCCUUGUUCUGUGAUUAAGCAGCCAGCCAUCUCAUCCCAAUAACCUGCUUUUUGCUGGAUGCUCGGAUCAUGAAAUCUUGUCUGAUCCUUGUUCACAAUUCGAUUUGCCUGAAGUUUCUGUUUAAGUUUCCUUUGGUGGGGAGAAUCCAGAGCAAUGAGGAAUCAUCUUAUAAUUGGAGCCCAGCUGUUUGGGGUGAUGUCAGGAAGCAUUUCACACAAAUGGCAGGGAAAUCAGGAAUUCUUUCCCCCAAAGAAGUGUUGAGACAGGGCGUGUCAAUUAUAAAUUUCAAAAAUGAUAUUUGCAGAUUUUUGGCAAAGUCAUUAAGAGACAUUUGAAUCAAGGUGAGAAAGAUGGAGUUAAGAGUCAGAUCAACCUCAAUUGAAUGGCAGAACAGACGCUAGAGGGGCUGAAUGGCCUCAUCUUGUUCCUAUGUUGCUAAAUUAUGCUAAGUUAAUGUUUUAUGAGGGAACAGUUGGAGACCUGGUGACGCCAGAUUCCAAAUUGAGACACAAACAGUCUGAUUGGGUUUUUUUUAUGAUACCAGCGGACCCAUAAGUUAGAAAUAAUCACACUUUAGACUCAAAAUGCUGGAGCUUCAUCAAGUGUAUUUCUUGCUGCUGUUCUCCAUGUGGCUGGUGGGUUGUUAAUUGGCACAUGACUGCAGUGCAGCAGUAACGUAUGAUACCCUGGAAAUGCAGUCCAUGACAUUUAGUUUCUAGCUCUUUACGAACACCUGGAAAAUGGAAAAUACAUCUUGGAGAAUGCAGGUUAAAUCCCCCAAUGAGUAAUGGAUAGUGUACAGGUGACACAGCCUCUUAAAGCAACUGGGUUCAGCAGCUGUUAAUGAAAGAGGAAUGAUGUUAGAAGGAAGGAGAGGAAAGGCUUUUUUUUCCUCUUAAGCAUUUCAGGCUGAUUCCUAUUAAUUAUUUUUCAUUCAUAUGGCGUUUGUUCACAGCUCCACCAGUUGUAGCCUGGCCUAGUACAAACUUAACAUGACCUUUUUUAUAUGCAAUGCCCUGGUUAUAAAAUCUAGUUUCUCACUUGCUACCUACACUCACACCUUCAGACAGAAUGCUUCCCAUCUACCCUAGAUGUCCCCACUUUUGUUUCAUUUCAAGAAUGUUCCAGGGAUGAGAAACUUCAGUUUUGAAGAUAGAUUGUAGAAGUUGGGUCUCUUUGUUUUUCCCUUGGAGAAUGGAAGGUUGAGAGGAGAUUUGGUCAAGGUAUUCAAAAUUAUGAGCGGCACUGAUUUGAUGUAAUUGGUAAAAUAAGCAAAAGCGAUAUGAAUAAAAACUUUUGAUGCA